UUUCUACUUGGACUUCCCCUCUCUUGAGAAAGAAAACCAAUCAACUCACUUUGAAAGCGAGAGAAGAUAGAGACUCGACCUUAUCUCAAGAUCGAAAUGGGAAAGUGCAGCAAAAUCCAGCACAUUGUGAGGCUUCGGCAGAUGCUUCGCCAGUGGAGGAUCCGAGCAAUGGAAUCAUGUUCUCUGUUCCCGCCGGCGAUUGACGUGCCGGCAGGGCACGUAGUUGUCUGCGUCGGAAGCAGUAGCCGGAGAUUCGUGAUGAAGGCAACACAUCUCAACCAUCCAGCCUUCCUGAGCAUCCUCCGCCAGGCCGAGGAGGAGUACGGCUUCUCCCAACCCGGCCCGCUCUCCCUACCCUGCGAUGAGUCCGUCUUUCUGCAGAUCCUCCGUCAGAUCUCCUCCACUUGCGCCUUCCGCUUCGCCGCAACCUACGAUUUGGACUACCCAGUCACCGGAUCCUGCUGUUGCUGCCGUGCCGGAAGCAACAGCUCCUGGCGCGCCGACGCAUUCCCUCUCCUUCGCGGCUUCGCGGAGAAACAGGUCUGGUGACCUCUAGCAUUCUUAUAAAUCUUCCACAUUAAGCGAUCAGAAAUGGUCCGUCUAAGAUCCGGGUUCGGAUUGUGAUUUUUUUUUCCCAUUUUGAUUUUCCGCCCCCAUUUUGGUUCAAUUUCCCUCUGCUCUACGAACUGUGAGAUGGCCAGAAUAGCCUGCAAGUCGUCCCAUAGAAUUGGAGCCGCUGGGCCGGAUGAAGGAUUGGUUCACCUACCUGAUUCUGUAAAUAUUGUGAUUGAAUCAGCGUAAUUGGUGAAUUUCUGAACUGAAAUUGCAGCGUAAUUAUUUUUAACUAAUUAUUGUUGUCAAUGAUUGAACUAAUUAUUCCCAGUUGUCGCUGUACUGUCGCUUUAACAGUAUUUUUAGCAUGCUUUUUUGUUUGAGCUUCCUCACUGUUAUUGUAGUCGUCUUUUUUUUUGGGAAAAGUUGGGGCCAGAUUCAACUUUAUUAAGAAGAAAAGAAUUACAACUCAAGAGAAUACAGAAAAGCAUAAAUACAAAUGCAAACAAAGACGCGAACAAUAAACUAAACAAAUCAGAAAGCCUAUAAAUCAACAAACAAUCAAAAUAAAUUGAGCGGCAUAAAAACAUGAGCUUUUUGCAGAAGAUCCAACAAAAAGAAAAGCCCCACAGUUAAAAUGAUUGGUCAAGACUGGCAAAUCCAAGCAUCAACAGAACUUAAAGUUGAAGUAAUAACUCUAAAAAGCUCUGAAUAUCAGCCAUGAUUAUUCACCAACUGUAGCUCUGAAUAAGAAUCUGACAGCAGAAAAACAAUCAACAAUAUUCUCCACCACAGGCAAGAGCACACCCAGCUGUAUAAUAACAAUGCCUGCAAAACCACAUAAAAAGGACAACAACAGGAAACAGAGGCAUAUAAUCAACUUUACAAUAGAGAACUAAGAUCUCAACUUGACAUUAAAAGAAGGAUACGAAUUGAGAUGAUAAAAAACAUUAAAAUUUUAUCCAUGCAAUAAAAUCAAAGGAUUAGAAAUAUACGCAAAAGCCAGUUGAACUUAAUACAAUGCUGAAAAACCUGAAAUCUCAGACUAGAAAAAUGAGCUUAGAAACUUGCUUGUAAGAAAAUUUUAAAAUUUCAUUCAAGUAUAAUGAAUAUGUAAAAUGGAAAUGACCAUAAAUAUUUAAACAAAUGUCUGAAUUUUAGUAUAUGGCUGGAGAUCAUCAUAGCUCAACAUAAAAUGAGCGAAAAGAAAACGAACAAUAACAAAUACGUUAACAUUAGAGGAAUACCUUCAAAACAAAUAGUAUUAUCAAUUAAAAAAUUUAAAUAAUAUCCAAACAUUGAUCAAGAAAUACUAAGGCAUAUAUUUAAAUAUGCAAAUAAUUUGAAAACCCGACACAACUAGACAUAAAAAGACCCAAGAAGCAAAAAUGAACAACAACCAACUAGAAA